ACAGAAUCCCUGGCAUAAAAGGGCUGCGAUCUGGGACAUGCUCCUCACAUUCCAGCACCACUACCAGCAGAUACAUUCCAGCAUCGACACCAAAGGAACAGCCAACUUCUCCAAAGAACCUAGAAUGAAGGCCGCCAUCAUCGCCACCACUCUCCUCGCCUUGGCCGCACCCCUCGCUGCUGCCGUCAACCCCAAGACCUACGGGCCAGUCGCUGCCUUCAAAGACUCCUGGAUCUCAGUCGCCCCUAUUGAGUCUGCCAAAACCCACGGCUCCGAGCCUGUGCUGAAGGCAAGCACCGAAAAGUUCGCACUCCUCGGCUUCACUCUUCCCUCGGAGGCUACGCAGGCACCCAACCGCCUUCUGAGCUGCGAACUGACACUGCCGCCAUUCAACACUCCUGUCCCGCCCCUGAACAUCACGCUCCAGGUCGCUGUCGCCAAUACCUGGGACGAGGCUACGGUCAAUGGUGACAACAGGCCAGGGCUCUUGGGCGAUGAGUUCACGUUCUACGUCGAGGACACGAAGCAGCCGAUCAAGAUCGAUGCCACUGAGCAGUGCAAGAUUGCGGCAGGCAAGGGAACCGGGUUCUCGCUUUUUGUGGGCAGUCCCAAGGCGCCGUAUGAGUUCAAGUCGCGCGAGACUGGCAUGGGUGCAACGCUCGUCGCGACUGUCAGUAGCUGGGCGUGAAAACUGGAUCUCUCAACGACUAUAGAUAGUGUACAUGUUUCGUUCGUAUAUAAGUAAAAAUUGCACCAACCACACGCAUAUUAUUUCUGCGCUUCAAAGGCAAAUAGCAUUG